UUUCUCUUUUCUGUUCUUGUCGUUUAAUCUUUAAAGGGACUCGUAUAUUUAUUAAUCUAAAACUAUCACCGGAUUUAAAGAAUUAAUCUAAUUGUUUCUUUAGUGAUCUCCAAAUUUCCACCAAACCAGUUAAUUGCAACAUAAUCUAAUUCACCUUUAGAAGAAAAAAAAAUCCUUUACCUUUUGUGUUUCUCUCUUACAAUUGUUUAAUUUUCUCCUUUCAACUCUAUAAAAAAUCCAUUGAUUUUCACCUUUUUCUUUGAUUUUUUUUGUUCUUUUUUUUGUGUUUUUGUUUAUUUCUCGUAUUAACGAGAUCUACUCCUUUUCUUUUCAACCCGUAAUUAGAGAAAAUUAAUCACGUAAAAUAAGUGAAAUUUUAUUCUCAAAAGAAUUAAAUUAAAUUGAAAAGGAGGUGUAACUCCGUUAUGAGACCAUGUAUACUACUUUACCACCCAAAGGUAAUGUUAAUAACAAUACGAAGGAGAUAUUGGCCAAAACGCGUAAAGAAAUUUCCGAGGAAUUAACUGGAAUCGUACAAGUGAGAAAAGACUGUGUAGUUUACACCUAUUAUGAAGAUGUUUCCAAAGCAUUACAAGACCAUUUCGACCGUUCAUUAAUCUCUGUUGAAAUUAAAACAAAGACAAAAGAAAUUGAAGCUUCUUGGAGUGAUCGUAAUUUACCUCAAUCAUUUCGGAAUGCAAAUGGUUUUCAUCAUCAUCAUCAUCAUCAUCAUCAACAUCACACUCAACUAGUUCAUCAUCAUCGUCAACUCCACCCAGUUCAUCAUUCAGUCCAUCAUCAUCCUUAUCAUCAUCCUGUACAUCAUCCUCAUCAUCAUCAUGCACAUACCCACCCACAUCAUCAUCAAUUGCACCAUAAUUCACAUAACCUUCAGGGUGUAGGAGGAGGUAUUGUUAUAAACAGUAGCGGUAGCAGCACCUCAUCAAGUAACACCAGUGACAAUAGUGAUAAUAAUACAAAUACAAAUAUAAAUACCAAUACCAAUACCAAUGCGGCUUCGGCUGCUGCUUCAGCCGCUGCUUCAGCUUGGUCACAUUAUUCAUAUUCUCAUCAUGCAAGAGCUGCAAGUGCCGCGACGAUGCAUGAUUUUACCGCUACUCCCUCAGCAGCAGCUCAAUAUAGUUCACUAUUGCUACCUCCGCCUCCACCGCCUCCAACAGCUACCAUUGCAGCGGCGGCCGCUGCAAGAUUCAAUCAAUGUGGUGGAUUUGAAUUAACCCAAAUGACUGCACCCGAAAUGCAUUGGCCAUCAACGAGUCGAUACGAUUUUUCAACUCAUCCUCAUGCAAUUGAUGCCAAUUACAACGCGACCACUGCUUAUGGCUCAGCAACGGCUGCUUAUGGUACAGCGACUGCUGCUUAUGGCACAGCGACGGUUGGAUAUGGAAAUGAAUAUAUGUAAAUUAAUCAUAAUCAAAUUAAUAAUUAAUGUAAUAAAGUUUCCUUUCUUUUUCCAA